AUGCGGUAUUCAAAGCCUCACGCUGCUGUUUUCACUCCAGCAAUGCCGUACUUGGACGCAUUUCUCAGUCGUCAUGUUCGACCAGACCACCCGCUUCGUCAUCACCCUUUGUGGAUCUCUUCGCAGGAAUUAUCUGGCCAUCCUAACAUUGAGUUUGAUGGAGGCUGUGCGAAAAAUUCCAAGGGGAAAGAUACAAAUGAAUCUCCACUCAUGGUAGUAGCACAGGUACCACAAACUCUUAUUCUUUACAAUUUGGAUCAACUUUCUCCUGAGAGUGAAGUUCGCUGGCAACUGCCUCCUGUUGAAGUUCCAAUGUCAAUAAGCACAAAGCAACCAUACGGUUUGGAUAUUAAAAGACAAUUGGAUCAUCUUCGGAAGAUGAAAGGAUUUGAGUCAAAUUGGUGGGGAUCAAAGAGAAGAUGGGAGUUUCAGGGAGGGAGAAUCCCAAUUAAUGCGUUUUUUUCCCCGGUUAAAGUGUAUGCUAUGGUCAAACUCCUGCAUAUUUCUAUGCUCCUGAAUGGAGAAGAAAUUCUAAAACAUUCUUUUGUCUCAGGUAAAACAGGUCUGUUCAAUACUUGGUGGGGCCAUACUAAUUCUUCUCCAUCCAGCGACCAAUUUCAACAAGGGGUAGAAAGGCACUUUAAUAAACAUGGAUUUCAAUCACCAUUAUACUUUUCUAAAGCUGCUCUUCAGCGUGCGGGAAUCGCAGUCAGACCUGACGCAGACCCUCUGGAUAUGCUUGCUUACCCCACAGGCGCUAAUUUUACAAUGGGGAAUGGUAAUUCAUCCAUUCCAAAAAACAGUAAAGCGUAUCAGCAGUAUUACCAUCUUUCACAGUUAGUCCUACCUGAUAAUUAUAGAAUUCCACCUGUUGUGCUGCAAGCAGAGCGAACGAACCCUGAUCGUCCCAUCCACGGUAUUUCUGGUAAACUACUCGAUAUUCCAGAACUGGAGUAUGAGGCGUUAUUAAACUCUCCAUCACCAGAGUUAGCAUCUAUUAUUAAAUGCGAAGAUACAUCACAGAAGUUUUCCUCUUACACAGAUUUAGAAUCUCCUCUCGCCUUUCGUGGGCGAAAUCUGUGGUUCCUGCCUCAUGAUGUGCUGGAAUUGGGUGGUUUGAUUGAUGUCAACUCCGUUCCAGUGGAGGUACAUGUAUCCAAACUUGAUGAGUCUGGAAGAAAGUUGUACAAUGUCGAACAACUAGUGCAACCUUUGGAGGGAUACAAGGCUGUUGGUUCAAUCCUGCUUAUGAAUCGAUACAAUGGUGAGAGUGAAACCGAAUCUGAUGAUUAA